UGAAAGCAGUCUGAAUCUGGAAGUUACCGGGAGUUAACAUGGCUUCGAAAGAACAGGCUGAGAGUUUAACCGAGGAGGUAAUUUGUCCCGUCUGCCUGGAUUUCUUCACUGAACCUGUCACCCUGGAUUGUGGACACAACUUCUGCCGCUCCUGUAUCACACGGUGUUGGGAAAGGCAGGAGAAAAUCUGCCCGGAAUGUAGAGAGGAGAUUGCAGACCGCACCCUCAGGGUCAAUCGGGCCUUAGCAAAUCUGUCUGAGAAAACUCGGAAACUAAACCUGAAUCCGAAAGAGAAGGGAAGUAAACGUUACUGCGAGGAACAUGAGGAAGAACUGAAGCUAUUUUGUGAGACGGACAAGACUCUGAUCUGCCUGAUCUGUGCGACUGCACGGGAACACAAGUCUCACAACUUCAUGCCGGUUAAGGAAGCCGUUCAAGUCUACAAGGAUCGGGUUAAAUCUUCCUUCGACUCUCUCACAAAAAGCAAAGCAGACUUUGAGGAAAUGGAGCAGCAACAGAAGGAGAAGAUUUCCGUAGUUCGGAAACAGAAGAGGACUACUACUUUGAAGACAGCACGAGUUGGCAAAGAAAGAGGGCCGACCAUUAAAAGGGAACAUCGUACUCAAGUUGAAUCUCUUCCCGGCAAAGUACCCAUCACCCCCGGUGGUGCGGAACAGGAGACUGCAACAACGUCAACAGCCUCCAAGAAGAAACAGCAGGAACUGCACAAGCGUGAAGAAGUGGGCAUGCGCAAGCAGAAGCAAACAAAACUACAAGUCCCAGCUGUGAUUGAAAGUGAAAGUGGAACAGAAUUAGAAUCAGACUCUCUGGAGAACACAGAUGAGGAAAAAGAGGAAGAAGAAGAAGAACUGGAAGAAUUUAAAACUGGAAGACUUCCUGGAGACAAAAGAAAAACCCUGAGACAAAUAAUGCAUGAAGUAAAAGCAAUAAAAGAAACAAAAACAGAUAUUAAAAAUAUGAAGGUCAGGCUUGAUAAGGUUGUGGAAAAACAGAAGAAAGCAGCUAAGAAAGUUAAAAAGUUGGAAGAAAAAACGGGAGACACCAUUGAAAGAGUGGCUAAGAUGGAAGAUAAUAUCCUUACCCGGACAUCAGAAAGUAAACGGCUGUUGGAAAAAGUGGAUGUGCUUGAAAAUUUUAGCAGAGAAAAAAAUAUUAAGAUUGUUGGUCUUAAAGAAGGUAUAGAGGGAGAAGAUCCAGUAAAAUUCUUUCAAAAAUGGAUCCCUGAAACUUUGGAAAUGGAAGAGGGAAGUCAGUUAAUUGAAAUCGAAUGGGCUCAUAGAGCUUUAAGACCAAAGCCCCAACAAGAUCAAAAUCCACGAUCAAUCUUGAUAAAAUGUUUCGGAUAUCAAGAUAAAGAAAGGAUCUUGAAGGCAGCUGCUCAAGGUGCCAGAAAGAGAAAUGGGCCAUUGAUGAUUGAAGGGAAAAGAGUUCUUUUCUAUCCUGAUAUAAGUUAUGACCUUUUGAAGAGGAGGAAGGAAUUUAACCCAGUGAAAAAAGUCUUAUGGGAGAAAGGUUAUCAAUUUAUACUGCGCUACCCGGCAACAUUGAUGAUCCUUUUGGAUGGUGAAGAAAGAAGAUUUUUUACUGAUCAUUGGAAAGCGGAGGAGUUUGUACAAGGACUUCCAAAUAUUCGUUAGACGCAGUAAAGAGUUUAUGGAAGCGAAAUGGAUUAAUAAUGAAGACUGAAAUAAGGAAUGGAUUUGAUGGAUAUUUAAGAGUAGAAGAAUAUACAAAUAUACUUCAAUUAGGGAGUAGGGAUAUUAAUUUUUUUUCUUCACUUACAUAUCUUUUUUUAAAUACGGGGAGCUGGGGGAGCUUCUGAUCGAUUGCUGCGGGAUUCACGUGUGUAAUCAUGGCGAUUUCUAUUCACUCACAAUAUUAGUAGGUGGGUAUUUUGUUAUCUUUUUCUUUACUGUAUAUUUUUUUUUCUUUUUUUUUUGCCUGGAUGAUUGGUGGGGAGACACAUAGCAACAUGGAGAAUUUUAAAGAGAUUCCCCAAGGUACUAUGAGAGCUGAGAUAUUACGUAUUGUUAUAGACUAGAGUAACCUUGUUAAAAAUAAUUACUAAUCUAUUGAAUUUUUCAAGUUUUAAUGUUAAUGGACUGGUGAAAAGAAAAAGAAUUUUAACAUAUAUUAAGAAAAUGAAAGUAGAUAUAGCCUUUUUGCAGUAAACACAUUUAACAGAGAUAGAACAUCAGAAAUUAAAGAGAGUUUGGGUUGGAAGUGUUAUUGCAGCUUCAUUUAAUUCAAAGGCGAGGGGAGUUGCAAUUUUGGUAAAUAAAACCUUACCAAUUAAAAUACAAAAUGUACUAAUUGAUUCCACGGGGUGAUAUGUGAUUAUACGUUGUCAAAUCUUUUCGGAAUUAUGAAUGUUUAUGCACCAAAUGAAAAUUAUGCAAAAUUAAUACAAGAAGCUUUUUUAAAUUUGGCCGACGCACUUGAUAAAAUAUUAAUAGGUGGAGACUUUAACUUUUGUCUGAGAAUGUGAAGAGGGUAAGGGGUACGUGUAGAAGGGGUGGGCAAAGGAUAAGUGUAGCAGAAUAUGUAGACAGGACCAGGGAGAGGAUACGUCAAUGGGGAAGUAUAGGAGAACAGGGAACAGGUAGCUAAAAUAAGAUGCCAGACAGCAUGUGGCAACCACAAAGAAGAGGAACCUUGCGACCACAAAACAAUGUGUUUGGCAAAGUAUUUUGAGCUAUAUACCUAUUUCGAGUGUUUUGUUUGCUUCCAUACCCAUUCUAAGUGUUACGCUUGCGUCUAUGCUUAUUCCGAGUAUUUCGCGUGCUUAGCUAUGCAAUAGCCAAUCAAUUGAUAAAUUUGAAUCAGUAACCAUAUGUGCGAAUGUAGUACCCUGCUUUUGGGUAUAAGUAUGACCUUUGUAAGCCGACAAAUUGGGAGUUGGCUACCUUACGCCCGAAGUGCGUGGGGCUGCGAACUCCUCUCUGAAUAAAAACCGUUUCAGAGGUAA